UAAUCCGCCGCUCCUUCUAUUAUCUCCUUCUCCAUUUUCUGCUUAUUUUUUGUUCCCUUAUAAUUUUAACAUAUAGUUUUUAUAACCCCCAAAUUCUUCUUCUUCAGCUCAUAAAUUCUCUGUUUCUAGACACCAAAUCUCUGUUUGAACCCAAGUUUUAUUUUUUAUAACUAAGUUGGUGACACUUAAUAGUAGAUUCCACUCAAAAGGGUUGUUACAGAUUUAGAUUCUUGAAUUCACUCUUAAGCUUUGUUAAGUUUUCUUUAGUGUUUAUCUUUCUCCCCUCACUUGUAAAAAAAAUAACUUUAUCUUUUUCCAGCUUUUUUUUUUUUUUGUUUUCAUCUACUGUCUUGGGUCUUUUCUUGUUUUCUCUUUCAAUUUUGUUUGGAUUAUUGCUUUUUGAAUCUUUUGCUUUCUGGGUUUUUCUUCUUUUUGUUGAUUGCUUAAGUUCUUGGAGACUAUUUCUUUAGAUGGGUUCUUUCAGUUCUGGAUUUUUGUAGAAACUUAGUGUGUUCUUGUGGUGUGGAAUUAUUUGGGGGAAAAGAUGAGACUUUGUGUUGUAUUUCAAGUUUUAGUUACUGUUGGACUAGUUCUUGGGAUUUGUGAUGCUUUUCCAUCAAAUGAAGUUUAUGCUCUCAAUACCUUCAAGGAAGCUAUAUAUGAAGACCCUCUUCUGGUUUUGUCAAAUUGGAAUGGUUUAGAUUCAGAUCCUUGUGGUUGGGCUGGAGUCUUUUGUUCUAUGGCUCAAGAUCAUGUCAUAAAAAUAAACAUUUCUGGCGCUUCGUUGAAGGGGUUUCUUUCACCCAACUUGCAUGUACUCUCCUCUUUGCAAGAACUAAUUUUGCAUGGAAAUGUGCUGAUUGGUACAAUUCCUAAGGAGAUUGGUCUAUUGAAAAAUUUGAAGGCCUUGGAUUUGGGUGCUAACCAGCUAACAGGACCAAUUCCUUCCGAGCUUGGCAAUUUGACAAACAUUAUGAAAAUAAACCUACAAUCUAAUGGAUUAACAGGGAAAUUGCCUGCUGAGCUUGGUAAUUUGAAAUACCUUGAGGAACUUCGGUUGGACAGGAACAAACUCCAAGGACUAGUGCCUGCUAAUACUGGAUCAGAUUUUACAUCCGGUGUACGUGGAAUGUAUGCAUCUGGUGCCAGCGCUACAGGUUUUUGUCGCACAUCCCAGCUCAAAGUGGCUGAUUUUUCAUUCAACUUUCUUAUUGGAAGCAUACCAAAGUGUUUGGGUUACCUUCCAAAAUCUAGUUUUCAAGGAAAUUGCCUUCAGCACAAAGACCCGAAGCAACGGUCUGCUGCUUUAUGUGGUAGCACUCCGCCUCCCACUAGCCAUGCAUCGACACUCAGCAAUAAGCACCAGGCUGUUGAAGAACCGAGACAUCAGACUUCUUCCAAGCCCACUUGGCUUUUGGCUUUAGAAGUGGUAACAGGAGUUAUGGUGGGUUCUCUCUUCAUUGUAGGUCUUGUGACUGGCCUUCAGAGGCUUAAGAACAAAUCCUCAAUCAUACCUUGGAAGAAAUCAGGAAGUGAGAAAGAUCAUAUGACAAUUUAUGUAGAUACUGGUAUGCUGAAAGAUGUUGUAAGAUACAGCAGACAAGAACUUGAAGUAGCUUGUGAAGAUUUCAGCAACAUCAUUGGAUCCUCACCAGAUAGCAUAGUUUACAAAGGAACCAUGAAAGGUGGACCUGAAAUCGCUGUAAUAUCCCUUUGCGUCAAAGAAGAGCACUGGACAGCCUAUCUAGAACUUUAUUUUCAGAAAGAGGUGGCAGAAUUGGCCAGAAUAAAUCACGAGAACGCUGGGAAACUUCUAGGCUAUUGCAGAGAGAGUAGUCCCUUUACGAGGAUGUUGGUGUUUGAAUAUGCAUCUAAUGGGACAUUAUAUGAACACCUUCAUUAUGGAGAAGGAUGCCAACUAUCUUGGACACGCCGGAUGAAAAUAGUUAUUGGCAUCGCUAAGGGACUGACAUAUUUCCAUUCAGAACUUGACCCUCCAUUUACUAUAUCAGAACUGAAUUCAAAUUCUGUAUAUCUCACCGAAGAUUUUUCUCCCAAGCUUGUUGAUUUUGAAAGCUGGAAGUCGAUAAUUUCCAGAUCAGAAAAGAAUUCAGGUGCUAUCAGUAGUGAAGGAGCAAUAUGUGUCCUUCCAAAUACUCUCGAGAGUCGUCAUCUCGAUGUCCAGGGUAACAUUUAUGCAUUUGGAGUACUUCUACUGGAAAUAAUCAGUGGGAGACCUCCAUAUUGCAAAGACAAAGGGUGCUUAGUAGAUUGGGCAAAGGAAUUUCUUGAAAUGCCGGAGGUAUUAUCCUACGUUGUGGAUCCCGAGUUGAAACAUUUCAAACAGGAAGACCUCAAAGUGAUAUGUGAGGUGAUCAACCUUUGCAUCCACCCGACUACGAGUAGAAGGACAUCCAUGAAGGACCUGUGUGCUAUUCUGGAGAGCAACAUUGACACUUCCAUCACUGCAGAGCUCAAGGCGUCUUCGUUGGCAUGGGCCGAGCUUGCACUUUCAUCCUAACUGACAGAAGGCUAACACAGUAUAUAUAUCUGAAAUAUGUAAUUGUCUAGCGCUUUCUCCUUUUCGUUUUUUGACCUCUCGAUUUCUCGUUCCCAAUGUGUUCUGGAGUGAUGGUUGAGUUCAUGUAAAUUUUGAUUCUGUAGGAUAAAAUUAGAGUUGAAGAGAUGCUACUGUUGAUUCUUUGUAAACAAAGUGGUUCUUGUUAAAAUGAAUGAGUGUUCAUAGUGAA